AUUGAAAUGAGUAAAAGUUCAUUUGUUGACUUAAACGAAUCUGAAAAAAGCGAUAAAAGUCUAUUUACUUCAUCAGAGUAUAAAGUUGAAUUAAGAAAAUUAAGGGGAAGUUAAGCAGCCAUUGCUGAUGCUAAACGUUAUCAUAAGAUUCCUUUAAAAACGUAAAUUAUGUUAUUUUAGAUGGUCUUUGUAAACGGAAAGCGAAUAAAAUAAGUACCAGAAUUUAUAUAAUAUUUAGGUUGCCAAGUCAUUGGGCAUGAAUUACUCAAGUGCAAAAUCAUUGAUACAUUAUUAUAAAAAUAAUAAAAGACCUAUUCCCACAGCUAUUUCAAAUAUUUUAAACUAAAAAAAGCUUUGUGGAAUCAGAAAGACAAGAAAUGGAAAUGAAAAUAUGUUUGUUCUAGUUCAAGUUCAUAAAAACACUAUUAAGAAAUACAAUUUUUAUUAAUUACUAAAAAUGCCAUAAAAAAAUCUCUAAAAUGAUUGA